CGGUUUGGGGACACAGGAUGGGGCCCCGAGGGUGACAAGGAGGGGACGAGGGGGGCGUGGCAGAGGGGCAGGAGGCAAAGGGGGACAGGAAAAUUGUCCCAUCCCGGGCAGGGGACAGGAAACUGCCCCCGGAGCCCCCCCGGGCCCCCCGAGCGCGAAGUCCCCGCAGCCCCGGAAAUCCCCGGGGGCGGGACGGGGACGGGCCGGGGAUAAAAGCGUGAGCGGGACGGGUCGGACAGACGGAGAGAGAAACCGAGGGACGGACAGAGGGACGGGGCGUGCGGGGCGCGCCCAGAGCCGGCCCCGAGACCCCGGCCCGGACGGACCCGGAACAGCCCCGGGGGACCCAUCCGGGGAACCCGAACCGAAACCUUCCCGGCGAACCCGAACCGAAUCUUCCCGGAGAGCCCGAACUGAACCUUCCCGGUGCUCCCCGAGAACCCGAACCGAAACCUUCCCGGCGCUCCCGGGGAGCCCGAACCGAAUCUUCCCGGAGAGCCGAAACCGAACCUUUCCGGUGCUCCCGAACCGAACCUUCCCGGAGCUCCCGGGGAACCCGAACAGAAUCUUCCCGGAGAGCCGGAACCGACCCAUCCGGAGAACCCGAACCGAAACCUUUCCGGUGCUCCCGAACCGAACCUUCCCGGAGCUCCCGGGGAACCGAAUUUUCCCAGAGAGCGGGAACCGACCCAUCCUGAGAACCUGAACCGAAACCUUCCCGGUGCUCCCGGAGAACCUGAACCGAAACCUUCCCGGUGCUCCCGGAGAACCUGAACCGAAACCUUCCCGGUGCUCCCGGAGAACCUGAACCGAAACCUUCCCGGUGCUCCCGGGGAGACCGAACAGAAACCUUCCCGGUGCUCCCGGAGAACCAGAACCGAAUCUUCCCGGAGCACCCGCACCGACCCCUCCCGGGGUCCGGGCCCGCACCGGCUCCAUCCCCGGGACCCUGAACCCACCGACCCCGCCCGGCCCGCCCCCGGUGCUCCCGGCGCAUCCCGGCGCCGCCGCGGGACCGGGAGCCGCCGUCCCCGCCGGGAUGGUGGCCCCCGCGCUGCUGGCGCUGGCCCUGGGCACCCUGGCUGUCGUGGCAGCCCCCCCGGAGGGUCCCCGCCUGUCCCUGUCACCCCCGGAGCCGAAGCCACAUCAGCGCUUCAACGUCACCUGCACCUUGGGGCGCGCCAUCCCCGACGACAACGUCACCAUCACCGCCAACGACCGCAGCUGGCCGGUGACCCUCAGCCAGGACGGCCGCCAGGCCACCGCCACGGUCAAUGUCACCGAUGAGGGCACCGUCCAGCUGGGCUGCACCGUCCGCGUGGGCAGCGAGAAGCUCCAGGCCACGGCCACCGCCCAGGCCUUCUAUGUCCCCGUGCCGCUGCUGGACGUCGCCAACGCCACCGUGGCUGGCACGGAGCUGAGGGGGAACUGCUCCUUGCCGGCCGGGGCCGUGCGGGACAUCCGGCUGCGGGUGCUGGCCCAGGGCCAGGCCGUCCCGGGGGGCUCGGGGCAGCCCCCCGUGACCUUCAGGCUGCCGGUGUCGGACACGCAGCGGGAGCUGGAGGUGACCUGCGUGGCCGAGAUGGAGCCCUACACCUCCAGGAACAAAUCCCAGCGGGUCCGAGUGCUGGCCAAACCGCGGCUGGGCCCCUCGCACUGCCCCGCGCAGCAGAACUGGACGGAGGGGCAGGAGGGGACGCUGCGCUGCGGGGCCGAGGGCUCACCUGAGCCGCAGGUGAGCUGCUCCAGGGACGGGAACUCCCUGGUGCCGGGAGCCGCGCUCCGCGCCGCCCGCGGCCACGCCGGGACCUACCUGUGCCGGGCCACCAACGCGCUGGGGACGGCCGAGCGCAACGUCACCGUCUGGGUGCACUCUUCUGGGGGUCUUUGGGGUAUUUGGGGUUCUGGGGGUCCUUGGGGUUUCUGGGCUCCUGGUGGUCCCGGAGGUUCUUUGGGAUAUUGGAGGUCCUGGGUGGUCUUUGGGGUUCUGGGUGCCUUGGAGGUCUCAGGUCCUGGAGAUCUUGGAGGCCUUUGGUGUUUUUGGGCUCUGGGUGGUCCUGGAGGUUCUUUGGGGUAUUGGAGGUCCUGGGUGGUCUUGGGGGUCUUUGGGAUCCUGGAGAUCUUGGAGGCCUUUGGUGUUUUUGGGCUCCGGGUGGUCUCGGGGCGCAGCCGCCCCCUCCCCGCUGACCCCGCUCCCGUUUCCCCCCAGACGAGGACGCGUUCCCGCUGCUCCCGGUGCUCUCGGGGGUGGUGCUGGCGGCAUUCGCCGUCCUGGGCCUGGCGUUCUUCAUCCACCGCUACAGGAGCAAGAUCGGCGAGUACUGGCUCUGGAGGCGGCAGCCGCCGCCGGACGCGCGGCCCCGCCGGGCCCCGGGCAGCUCCCAGGCGGCCGCUCCCAACGGAUCCGCGGCCCCCUAGGCGGGCGGGGGUCCUGGAGGGGCCGGGACCCCCUGCCCGUCCCCGCCCCGCGGCCACCGAGAGGACAGCGACAGCGGGGACCGGCCGGAGCCGCGCGGUGGAAGCAGCUCCCAGACUGGGAUGGACUGGGGCGGACUGGGACGGACCGGGAGGGACCGGGGCGGUGAGAUCCACCCGGCCCCCGGCGUGGAUCUCCGCGGUUCGCUCCGCAUUGGAUCCCGCGAGUGUUUUUGGGGUGGAUUUGGUGACUUUGGAGCAGCCGGGCGGAAUCCCGGGGACUCGGGGAGGACGAGGAGCCGGAGGGGAGGGGACGCAGAGGCGACAGCCACCAAUAAACGCCGCCGUGACAUCCUCGGGGACAGCGCUCCGCGGCUCGGGGGGUUCCUGGCGAGCAGCGCGGGGGGUGCCCGGGCUGUGCCCGCGUUGUCCCCCCGGGCUGGGGACAGCGCCGGUGUCGCCGGCCGCGCCAGCCCCGCUCCCGGCGCUCGCGUCUGUCGCUGUCGCUUCGCCCACGCGCGGCCCCGGAGCCGCCCCCGCGGGGAGGGCGCCGGGGGCGUUCGGGGAGGGGUUUUGGGGUUUUUUUGGGGGGGUUCGUGAAGCGCCGAGCACCGGGCGGGGGUGGGGGGGACUGGGGGGGGGUCGGCGUGGGCGGGGGGAGGAGCAGCCCCGCGGGAGCGGCGGCGCGCGCGGCAGCGGAGGAGCUGCCUUCGGCCUCAGCCGCCUCUUCCUCCUCCUCCCCAUCCUCUUCCUCUUCUCCCUUCCCCAUCCUCCUCCUCCUCCGCUUCAUCCCCAUCCUCCUCCUCCGCUUCAUCCCCAUCCUCCUCUCCCUCCUCCCCGUCGCCUCCAUCCUCCUCCGCUUCAUCCCCCUCCCCAUCCUCACCCUCGCCCUGCUCGCCGCCUCCAUCCCCCUCCUCAUCCUCCUCUUCCUCCCCUUCUCCCCUCCCUCCUGGCCGUCUCCAUCCUCCUCCGCUCCAUCCCAGUCCCCAUCCUCCUCUUCCUCCCCACCUUCCUCCUCCUCCUCCCCAUCCUCCUCCUCCUUUUCCUUCCCACCUUCCUCCUCCUUUUCCUCCCCACCUUCCUCCUCCUCCUCUUCCUCCCACCCUCCUCCUCCUCUCCCGAUGGGCCCCCCCGGCCCGGCCACGCGGCUCCUCCCCCCCCUCGUUCUGGCGCUCGCAGCCGCAGCGCCUGCCCGGGGGACAACGCCACGCUGGGGCUGGAGACCCCCCUGCCCGCGACCCCCGCGGCCGGGGGGCUGCGCUGGCAGAGCUUCCGGCUGCACAACGUGUCCCGCUGGGACCCCGGGCCCCUCACCUGCUCCGGACGCUGCGGCGACACCGAGGCCAACGCCAGCGCCGGCGUCCUCGUGUACCAGCUGCCGGAGCGGGUGGAGCUGGAGCCGGUGGCGCCGGUGGCGGUCGGGGACAGCCGGACCCUGACGUGCCGCGUGCUGGGGGUGGCACCGCUGCGGAACCUGACGGUGACGCUGCGGCGCGGCGCCGAGACGCUGCGCACCGAGAGCUUCGGCGACGCCGAGGGCAGCGCCAGCGUGGCCGUGAGCCACCUGCUGACCGCCACCCGCGGCGACCACGGCCAGCACGUCACCUGCCACGCCGAGCUGUCCCUGCGGCCGCACGGGCCCCUGUUCGCCCGCGCCGCUGCCCCCGUCACGCUCUCGGUGUUCGCUCUCCCGGAGCCCCCGCAGCUCCAGGCCCCGGCCAUCCUCGAGGCCGGCACCGCGGCCACCGCCCGCUGCCGCAUCGCCGGCGCCUUCCCGGCCGGGGACAUCCGCGUCACGGCCGCGCUGGGCCCGGAGCCGCUGAACGUCACGGUGGCGGUGGCCGGGGACACGGUGACGGCCAGCGCGGAGCUGUCCCCGCGCAGCCCGGGCCCGCGGGAGCUGAGCUGCACGGCCGCCGUGGCCACGGCGGCGCGGACGGCGCGGAGGCAGCUCCACGUUUACCGGUUCCCCGCGCCCGCCCUGGAGCUGAGCCCGGCCCCGGCGGCGGCGGGCAGCGAGGUGACGGUGACAUGCCACGCCGGGGCCGCCGAGCCGCCCGCGGCGCGGCUGCAGCUCCGCGAUGCGGACGGCGGGGUCCUGGCCGAGGGCCCGCAGCCCCGGCUGCAGCUCCGGCUGCUCGCCCGGCGCGACGACGACGGCCGAGAAUUCCGCUGCCGGGCCAGCCUGGCCGUGGGCGACAGCGUGGUGACAAAGGACGCGGAGGCGCGGCUCGCCGUGCUCUAUCUGCCCGAAAUCCCGGCCAGCGGCUGCCCCGGCAACCGCACGUGGGUGCGGGGCUCGCGGGAAGCGCUGUCCUGCCUCGCCACCGGCAACCCCGCGCCCACCGUGGUGUGCGGCCGCGACGGCGUCGCCGUGGCCACCGGCGAGCCCGAGCCGGUGACCCGCGCCCGCGCCGGGACCUACCUGUGCAACGCCACCAACGCGCUGGGGACGCGCAGCCGCCGCGUCACCGUCCGCGUGGAGUAUGAGCCCACGCUGUCCGAGGCGGGGUGUCCGGCACGCCGGGUCUGGCUGGAGGGGCAGCGGCGGCAGCUGGAGUGUCGCGCCGACGGGGACCCCCCGCCCAGCACGCGCUGCGCCCGCGACGGUGGCACCAACCACGGUGACACCAACCAUGGUGACACCAACCACGGUGGCACCCACCACAGUGGCACCCGAAAUGGUGGCACCCGCGACAGUGACACCAACCAUGGUGGUACCAACCCCAGUGGCACCCGCGACGGUGGCACCCAGCACGGAGGAGUCGCCCGCGGCCGCGUGGUCACCCGGGCCGAUGGCGGCCGCUACGUGUGCAGGGCCACCAACAGGCACGGGGUGGCCGUGAGGAGCGUCCUUGUCACCGUGGAGUACCAGCCGAGCCUCGGCGAGCGCGGCUGCCCCGAGCGGCGCCGGUGGCUGGAGGGGACCCCGGCCGAGCUGGGCUGCGCCGCCAGCGGGAACCCCCCGCCCCGCGUCACCUGCGCCAAGCUGGGCGACCCCGCCAACGCCACCGACAGCCGGGACCCCCCCCGGGCCACCCGCAACGUCACCCGCGCCCACGCCGGCACCUACCAGUGCCGGGCCAGCAACGCGCACGGCGCCGCCGUCCGCAACGUCACCGUGGCCGUGGAGUACGGCCCCGCCGCUGUCACCCUGCGGGUCCUGCCCUCGGCCAACGUCACCCGCGGCGGCGGCUUCACCGUGGACUGCGGCGCCGAGGGGGUCCCGGCGCCCACCUACAGCUGGGCGCUGCCCCCCGCCCCCAACGCGCGCCUGGCCGCCGACAACCGCUCGGUGACAGUCACCGGGGCCACGGCGGCCAACCGCGGCCUCUACACCUGCACGGCGAGCAACCGGCACGGCCGCAGCGCCGCCAGCGUGGCCGUGAGGGUGGACGAGAGCUGGCUGGCGGCGCUGGCGGCGCUGGGGGCGCUGGGCGCGGUGGCCGCGCUGGCGCUGGCGGCGGCCGGGGGCUUCUACCUGAAGAGCACGGCGUGCAAGAAGGGCGAGUACAACGUGCGCGACGCCGAGGGCUCCUGCGAGGCCGCGCGCCGGCCCCGGCCCCGCGGGGACGUGUUCGGGAUCCAGCUGAGCCCGCCGUGACCGGCCCGGCCCGGCCCGGCACCGGCACCGGCCCCGGCCCCGCGGGGACGCGUUCGGGAUCCCGCUGAGCCCGCCGUGACCGGCCCGGCCCCGGCACCGGCCCCGGCACCGGCACCGGCACCGGCCCCGCGGGGACGUGUUCGGGAUCCAGCUGAGCCCGCCGUGACCGGCCCGGCCCGGCACCGGCACAGGCCCCGAGGGGGUUUUUGGGGCGGUUUUUGGGGUUUUGGGGGUGUGAGGGUGACAAGGAUUCCUCCGGAGGUGCCCGGUGGUACCGGGACAGCAACGGGGAGGGUUUGGCAGCCGGAUCGCCCAGCCGGGACCGGGACCAGGACCCACGGCGUUUGGGGACCCCCAGAGACCCCCCCGCCCCACCCCAGGGAUUUUUGGGGGGGAUUUUGGGGGUACACCAGCCAGGACCGGGACUGAACCAUCCCCGCAGGGUUUGGGGACCCCCAGAGACCCCCCCGCCCACCACAGGGAUUUUAGGGGGGAUUUCUGGGGGAUUUAUGGGGGGAUUUCUGGGGGGAUUUUGGGGGGUACCCCAUCCAGGACCCAGAGUUCCCCCAAAUCCAUCUGCUGGCACCGCCCUGGCCGGGUGGGGAGGGGGUUUGGGGGUCCCCACAGAGCCCCCCCCGUUGCCCCGGGGAUUUGGGGGCCAUUUGAGGGAUUUGGGCUCGGCCGCCCCUCGGGGCCGGGGGCUCCAGGGGGGCUGCACCCCAUAAAGGAUCCCCCCCACAGCGGGGGUCUCUGCCCGCUGGCCCCGAGCCCCCCAAGACCCACCCAGAGCCCCCCCCAGACCCCCAGCCCCGUCCUCGUCCCGACACCAAAGCCCCCCCAAGCAGCCCAAUUAGUAAUUGAUUAAUUAAUGAGCCAACGCUCGUUAUUCCGAAUCCAGAACAAAAGGAAUUUUUUUUUUUGGGGGAGGGGGUCGCCCGCU